AUGCGUCAAGAAGGCCUGGAUGCCCAGCUCACGGCCUUUGCGCCACACGAGAACCGUUCCUCUUUCUUGUUCCCAUGUGUCAUUGAGUGCCUCAUUGAUAUCCACAUCACAUCGCCCCGUCUGACAGGAACGGUUGCGGCACAGAGCAGGCUUGGACCUUGGCAGUCUUUCUGCACCGCACCGCCCCUCCCCCCUACCGUCAACACCGUCGAUACCCUUCAACUCGUCCGAAAACCUGGAAUCCGCUCCGGUCUGGGGGCAGGGAUGAACUGA